CUAGCCGAGAUGCCCCGACAGUUCCCAAAGCUGAACAUCUCGGAGGUGGAUGAGCAGGUGCGGCUCCUAGCAGAGAAGGUCUUUGCUAAAGUUCUCCGAGAAGAAGACAGCAAAGAUGCAUUGUCACUCUUCACUGUGCCUGAGGACUGUCCUAUUGGGCAGAAUGAGGCCAAGGAGAGGGAGCUGCAGAAGGAACUGGCAGAACAACAGUCUGUGGAAACAGCUAAAAGGAAGAAAAGUUUCAAGAUGAUUCGAUCCCAGUCUUUGUCACUGCAAAUUCCACCUCAGGAUUGGAAGUCACCACCGGCCAAUCCUGUCCUGUCUCCUGCCACGCCUGUUCUUCCAAGUGCUCUUCUGCCACCCCAAGUGCCAUAUGAUGUACCAGAAUUCCAGAGAGUUUCAAUUAGUGGGGACUACUGUGCAGGGGUUACAGUCGAUGAUUAUGAACAGGCUGCCAAGAGCCUGGUGAAAGCUCUUCUGAUCCGGGAGAAGUACUCGCGCCUGGCCUACCAUCGCUUCCCCAGAACCACGUCUCAGUACCUGUGCAGCAUGCGCCACGAGAAGUGGAGGCUGGAGGAUGAAGUGUCUCCAGAUUUCCAUUCGCCCCCAGAAGAGAAUGAAGAUCCUUACAAUCUUGAUGAUGCUCCAGACAAUCUGGACUAUGUUAUCAAGCUCAAAGGUGGCAUUCCCUUCGUUUAUGACAGCAAAGAGAUGAUGGAACUCAACGAGCCUCGGAGCUUGCCCUACCCUGACCUGGAGACCUACACCCUCGACCUCAGCCACAUUCUUGCUCUAAUUGCAGAUGGUCCAACAAAAACAUACUGUCAUCGGAGGCUUAACUUUUUAGAAUCCAAGUUUAGUUUACAUGAGAUGUUAAACGAAAUGUCAGAAUUCAAAGAACUGAAGAGUAAUCCCCACCGAGACUUUUAUAAUGUGAGAAAGGUGGAUACUCAUAUCCAUGCUGCUGCUUGCAUGAACCAGAAGCACCUGCUGAGGUUCAUUAAGCACACCUAUCAGACCGAGCCCGACAGGAUUGUGGCAGAGAAAAAAGGCAAGAAGGUUACUUUAAAGCAAGUCUUUGAAAGCCUCCACAUGGACCCCUACGACCUCACUGUGGACUCUUUAGAUGUCCAUGCAGGUCGUCAAACAUUUCAUCGCUUUGACAAAUUCAAUUCCAAGUACAACCCAGUUGGUGCCAGUGAGCUGAGGGACUUGUAUUUGAAAACUGAGAACUAUAUUGGUGGUGAAUAUUUCGCUCGUAUGGUCAAGGAAGUAGCCCGUGAACUAGAAGAAAGUAAGUACCAGUAUACAGAACCCCGCUUAUCCAUUUAUGGACGGUCUCCAGAUGAAUGGCUGAACUUGGCAAAAUGGUUCAUUAAGCAUAAAGUUUAUUCCCCUAAUAUGCGCUGGAUAAUUCAGGUUCCCAGAAUCUAUGACAUAUUUAGGUCUAGAAAUAUACUGCCUAGUUUUGGGAAGAUGUUGGAGAACAUCUUUGUACCUUUGUUUGAAGCCACGAUAAAUCCCAAAGACCACAAAGAACUGAACCUAUUCCUCAAAUAUGUGACUGGCUUUGACAGUGUUGAUGAUGAAUCCAAGCACAGUGGCCAUAUGUUCUCUGACAAGAGCCUUAACCCUGACCUCUGGACCAGUGAGAAGAAUCCCCCCUAUAGCUAUUACUUGUAUUAUAUGUAUGUGAACAUCAUGUUGCUGAACAACCUUAGGAGGGAACGAGGCAUGUGUACUUUCCUGUUUCGCCCUCACUGUGGAGAAGCUGGUUCUAUCACUCACCUCGUCUCAGCCUUCCUGACAGCAGACAACAUCUCUCAUGGGUUGCUCCUCAAGAAGAGUCCUGUCCUCCAGUACCUCUAUUACCUUGCACAAAUACCCAUUGCUAUGUCUCCACUUAGCAACAACAGCCUUUUCUUGGAGUACUCCAAGAAUCCCCUGCGGGAGUUUCUGCACAAGGGCCUGCACGUGUCUCUCUCCACAGAUGAUCCCAUGCAGUUCCACUACACGAAGGAAGCUCUCAUGGAGGAAUAUGCUAUUGCAGCCCAGGUGUGGAAGCUGAGUACCUGUGACUUGUGUGAAAUUGCCAGGAACAGUGUGCUGCAGAGUGGGCUGUCAGACAAGGAGAAGCAGAAAUUCCUAGGGGUGAAUUACUGCAAGGAAGGGCCCGAGGGCAAUGACAUCCGUAAGACGAACGUGGCGCAGAUCCGAAUGGCCUUCAGGUACGAGACCCUGUGCAACGAGCUCAGCUUCCUGGCUGAUGCCAUGAGGACAGACAUCUCCACUCUGGCCAAGUAG